UACUGGGAAGACCACGGGCCGAUAUUCUCCCAGUACGGCCCUCGCGCUUGGUUAAUAAGGUAUAUUUAUUAGGAAGACCAUUAAAUGGUGGUUCGUAAUCAGCCACACUCUUCGGUUGGAGCAUUCGUUCGUUGAUACAUUUUCGAUGCUUGUACCAGCUCAAACCAUUGUCGAAGGUGUACCCUGCGGGUUUGUUAGUUUUCUUACUGUAGUACUCCAUCACUGGACUAUCUGGUCGGAAUGGAAUUCGGCCCUCAGAUCUCUAAACGGUGGAAACAUCGACUGGGUUUGAAAUCUUCACUAAGUCAUCAAUGCAAAGUCCUACAAAUUUUGUCCUGAAUAUUGGACCGAACUGUUCCGCAUUCCUAAGCUGAGAUUUAACACGAUUUCCCAGCAUCUGCCUCAUUCAUUUUCUGUUGGAAAGAAAGGAUCUUAAGACCAUUCACAACAAACUUCUUCGCCAGAGCAAUGCCUCGUAAAUUCGAAUGAGGACCGCGAAGAUCGUGAAUGGAACGUCCCUCUGUUGUUUGUACAUUUUCGCUUGUUACUCCCGCAAAUAACCUCCCACUGAGUUUCGAAAACACUUUACUGCGAAAACGAAGAGAAUUUUCCAAAGAAGCGCGACAUCCACACUGAACUGAGUGCAUAAUCGUCGAAAAUUGUUUUACCCCACCCCGUCACUCAAAACCUGUGACGAGGCCGACGUGUUAGAUUGCGUGAGUCAAGUGUCUUCUUAAAUGCGUCAUGAAUAUGGCACCAAGUGUCGACAAUUUCCAAUUACAUCAUGUUCAUUUAAUUUGUAAUUCGCGGAACUACGACAAAGAUGUCGCUCAAGGGAGGAACUAAUCCAAGAACAGCUGUUAAAGUAACGGCUAAAAAACACAGAUGGUAUCUUGGAGGUAUUGCCUCAGCCAUGGCUGCUUCUUGCACCCAUCCGUUGGAUCUUUUAAAGGUUCAUCUUCAGACACAGCAGAAGGUUGAACAGAGAUUGGUGUCCAUGGCAGUUCAUGUUGUACGAACUCAAGGUGUAUUGGCACUUUACAAUGGACUAUCAGCUUCUCUUACAAGACAGCUGACAUACUCCACGACACGUUAUGGAUUAUAUGAGGUAGUCUCAGCUAGACUAAGAGAAGGAGAUGCUCCCCUACCAUUUUACCAGAAAAUUGCAGUGGGAGCAUUGUCAGGUUUUAUUGGAGGAAUUAUUGGAAAUCCUGCAGAUAUGGUCAAUGUGAGAAUGCAAAAUGAUGUUAAAAUAAUGGAUGUUACAAAGAGGAGGAAUUACAGGCAUGUAUUUGAUGGUCUUUACCGAACAGCAACAGAAGAGGGUAUUUCUACCUGGAUGAAGGGUGUGCAAAUGACCUCAUCUAGGGCUGUGUUGAUUACAGUGGCCCAGGUAGCUUGCUAUGAUCAAGUUAAACAGCUAUUACUUGGCUCUGGGUACUUCAGUGACAAUAUAAUAACCCAUUUCACAGGCAGUUUUAUAGCGGGCACAAUUGCGACAGGCAUUACGCAACCAGUUGAUGUCAUGAAGACAAGACUAAUGGAAGCAAAACCAGGACAAUACAAGAGUAUUCUAGAUUGCAUACUGUACACCGCACGGCUCGGACCUAAAGGGUUUUACAAGGGGUUUAUUCCAGCCUGGAUCCGUUUGGAGCCCUACACAAUUUUAACGUGGAUCUUCCUUGAACAGCUUCGUGUGUUUUUUCCUCUAAAGGAAUCUUAGAUUGUUUAUCUCUACAGUUGCAAUCCCACAAGAAUGGUUAAACGCAGGGAUGAAAUUUGGAUAGUUUUCUGGCAGUAAACAUCGAGCAAAGCCCCUAGGGAACCUGUCAAGGAUUUAAUGUCCAACGACAAUGUGAAGGAACAAUGAAAAAUUUCUAAACAUCAAUCAAAAUGCUGUGUUAAAAACGGGUAUAUAGAAUCUCUAAAAGAUUUGUAUAAUAUAGUAGUUUUCGAUGAAAUUAGAAAUUAUAUGAUGAAAAACUUUUUUAGUGUGAGCCAACAAAUAAUGUAACAUGUACUAAAGAAAAUGGUUGAAAAAUUCGGCCUUUUAUAUUUUUAACGCUUUGUUUGAUUUUAUAAAAUUUCAAAAUGUGAGUGUUCAUAUGGUUAGGAAAAUGUCAAAUUUACGAUUUUAAUAAAAUUAAAGUACAGCGUUUCUCGGUUAACUGUAUUUUUUAGCGGUGUUAGAAAUAUAUAAGAAAGUGACAGUCAUAAGUGCGUGACACUUGAUUAGCGUUACGUUUUAUAUCAGCGGAUGAUGUCAGCAAUGACGUAGAUUGUAUUUCCUUAGAAAUCUGAUCGCGGGUGUAUUCAAUAGAAAGGGGUGACAUAGGGAGUGAUCUAGCUGUGAACAUUAAAAAUAUUUAACGA